UCACAUUUUCUUUUACGCGCUUCGUUUGUUCUUUCCUAGCCAAGACGUCUUUGUAUGGCAACAAAGGCAUCCACAGACUCCUUGAAAUGUACGCAUGUGCACAGAUGCCACACACAGAUAAAGCCUAUCAGAAGACAGAACCGUCAUUAGCCGUUGCAGUGCAUACAGUGAGCUUCAAGUCGCCGGGCUGGUCUACUCUAUUUUGGCACAGGAAAGACUUUGAGCUUUUUCGACAUGGACGGCAAAGUUUUUGUCCUCCUCGUUGUGUUGGCUGUGACAGUCAGCUUUCAUGGAUGCGCAGGCAAGAAAAGCCAACAGGUGCUGCCGUAUGUUGAGAUGUGCCACUACCCGUCAAACCUGGCCUGCAGCAAUGGCUUCGGCUGUAUCAAGAACGAGGACCGCUGUAACGGAGUCUUCGACUGUCCUGACUUAUCGGACGAACAGAACUGCGAAACAUUCUGGGCAGCGCAACGUUCGAAGGGCAGGCCGGCACCGGCACCGGUGGUUGUCCAGCCGGUCAAGGUUGCCCAGCAGUACGUCACGGUUCAAGAAGCUCCCAAGCAAGAGGUGGAGCCCGCCCCGUUUGAGGAAGCCCCCAAGCAGCCCGUGAUGGUGGUGCAGCAGCCCAAGGGUUACGCCGUCGUGCAGAAGCCUCAACAAAUUGUGAUAACCUGCUUCUGCCAUGGCCACUCCAACAACUGCGCUGCCCAAGGCGUUUGUGCUAACUGCCAGCACAACACGGCCGGCACAAACUGCGAGCAGUGCAAGCCCGGCUACACCGGCAUGGCCACCCGGGGCACCCCGUUCGACUGUCAGCCCAUCCGCUACGUGCAGGUGAUGCAGGUGGUGCAGAAACAACCUGUGCAGCAGGUGAUGCAAGUGAUGCAGAAACAACCUGUGAGGCAGGUGAUGCAGGUGGUGCAGAAACCGGUGCAGCAGGUGGUCAUGCAACGAGUGCAGGUCAAGCAACCAGUUGCCAUGAGGCUGCAGCCAGUCGCCAUGCACGUCAAGCAACCAAUGAGGGUGCAGCAAGUCGUGAUGCGUCAUCACGGCAAGAAGGGAUAA